AUGACGACCAAUUGGAUGUAAAUACUGUAGAAAAAUACAAAUUAAGAACAGUUAGAGGAAUAGAAGAAUCAAUUGCAUCUGAAAUCAAGAAUAAAAAACCAUUUGAGAAUGAAAAUGAUCUAUAUAAUAAGGUUAAAAACAUUCCUAUGGAGGCAAGAAAAAAAAUCAAGGCUAUGAAAAAAUAA